GCGCCCGGGCGCGCCAUGCGCGGCACUACACUGCUGGCUCUGCUGGCGCUGGUGCUGCUCUAUCUGGUGCUGGGUGCCCUGGUGUUCCAGGCCCUGGAGCAGCCUCACGAGCAGCAGGCCCAGAGAGGGCUUGGGGAGACCCAGGACAAGUUCCUGAGGGACCAUCUGUGCGUGAGCCAGCAGGAGCUGGGGCAGUUCGUGGAGGAGGUGGCUACUGCCCUGGGAGAGGGUGCGGAGCCUGGGACCAACUCGAGCAGUAACAGCAGCCACUCCGCCUGGGACCUGGCCAGUGCCUUCUUUUUCUCGGGCACCAUCAUCACCACCAUCGGCUACGGCAAUGCAGCCCUCCGCACUGAUGCUGGGCGCCUCUUCUGCAUCUUUUACGCGCUGGUGGGGAUCCCGCUCUUUGGAAUUUUGCUUGCUGGGGUAGGGGACCGACUGGGUUCCUCCCUGCGCCGUGGCAUCGGUCAUAUCGAAGCCAUCUUUCUGAAGUGGCACGUGCCCCCGGAGCUGGUGCGAGUGCUGUCAGCGAUGCUCUUCCUGUUGGUGGGCUGCCUGCUCUUUGUCCUCACGCCCACCUUCGUGUUCUGCUAUAUGGAGAAGUGGAGCAAGCUGGAGGCCAUCUACUUUGUCAUAGUGACGCUCACCACAGUGGGUUUCGGCGACUAUGUGGCCGGCGCCGGUCCCAGGCAGGACUUUCCAGCCUACCAGCCGCUAGUGUGGUUCUGGAUCCUGCUGGGCCUGGCCUACUUCGCCUCGGUGCUCACCACCAUCGGGAACUGGUUGCGAGUGGUGUCCCGUCGCACUCGGGCGGAGAUGGGCGGCCUUACAGCGCAGGCUGCCAGCUGGACGGGCACAGUGACGGCGCGGGUGACCCAACGAGCCGGGCCCGCCACCCCACAGCCACCGCCGCCGCCGGCUCUGGAGAAGGAGCGGCCACCGCUGCCUCCGGCGCUCUGUCCCGCACAGCCCCCGUCCCCUGCGCCCCCGGAGAAGACCGAGACGCCUUCCCCGCCCACGGCGUCCGCCUUGGAUUAUCCCGGCGAGAACUUUGCCUUCAUCGAUGAGUCCUCGGACACGCAGAGCGAGCGCGGCUUUGCACAGCCCCGCACAGUGCGGGGGCGCCGCCGCCCUAACCCUGUUAGGAAGCCCGCUCGGCCCCGUGGCCCUGCGCGGCCCCGAGGCAAAGGCGUGCCGGUGUAGGGCAGGAUCCCUGGCCCAGGCCUGUCUAAGGGCUCUGCCUCUGCCCUGGUUCCCCGGCAUGCUUGGCCUGUUUGACCAAAGAGCCCUCUUCGGUCGCGGCUGAAGUGUGGGGCGGCAGCCCUCCCCCUGCCCCGUUGCUCCUAACUUCCAGCCCCUUCCAGCCCUCCCAGGCUUUCUGUGUGGCUGCCCUGGGGGCCGGGCCUGGCCCUCACAGCACCUCCUAACUGUGCCUCCAAGUCUGCCAUCAAUAAACUCAGGCGGUUGGCCCCGCAGCAGGAGUGCGCGCUAGCGCGCGGAGCGUGGGUGGGGAGCGAGAUGGGGUGCGGGAGGGGGCUGGCUUGCAGUGGGGCCCCUCUGGCCUCCUGCGAUCCUUCCCGCUUCCCACGCUGGGCUCACAGCUCCAGGUCUGUGCCUGGGUAGAAUAGGACGUGAGGGUUGGCUCCAAGUGGGCUGUGCGUUUCCCCUUUGCGCACAGAUAUUGCGUUAGCGAGGGGGUUUAGCAGGACACAGGUAUCCAGGGUUAUGGUG